GACCCCUUUUCAGUAGUGAAGAUAACAAUUACCGUGAAAUUGAAUUUCCUUCGGUAGUUCAUCCAGAAGUUAGAAACAUAAAACAUUUUACUUGUCGGACAGAAAUACAAUGGUGCGGCUGUUUACGAGCACUUUAAAUAGACUUAUCGGUUGUUGUUUCGCGAUAUCUCUUAUAUGUUUAUGGAGUAUGCUUCCCUCCAAAAGCAAUAAAAAGUUCAGCAUUGGUAAACGGGGAGUUCAGAAACGCUUCUACGUAAAAUCUGGAAAAUGCGAAAUACCCUAUGUGGAUCCAUUUAAUGCGGAGUUCUUGAAAGUCAACAAACCGACGGUUUUUAUACCUUGCACCAAUGAAAGUGAUCUCAUUACGGUGCACUAUGAUGACCUUUUAAAUCAAUAUGUGCUGCACAUUAAUGAGGAGGUGGUUCAUAAGUUGUCCCAGUCAAAAAGUAAUGACUUUGCUUGCUUCUACCAAAAAAUUAUUUAUGGUCAAUCACCGGAUCGCUACGAUAAAAAAGGAAUCAAAACUAAGCUUACUCAGGACUAUCUGGUGCCUUUGGAUGUCGAGGGGAUGUUGGUGGACUGCAGGACAGCAGACAAGAAGAGAGUCCUGCAAAAGGAUGCUUUCAUGUUUGUUCAGUACCAAGAAAGUCCCCAGAACUCACAGCCAGAUCGAAAGGCCAGUGUGAUUAUGUACGGCAUAGAUACUGUUUCACGCACAAAUCUACGUCGGAUGAUGCCCAUGAUAUACGAGUUCCUAAAGUCACCAGGCUGGUACGAAAUGAUGGGAUACAAUAAGGUGUCUGACAAUUCCUUUCCCAACAUAUUUGCCAUGCUAACUGGCUAUUCUCCAGAAACGGCAGCCACUCAGCUUUGUAAUACGGAUACAGAUGGGUGUUUGGAUAAAAUACCCUUCAUAUGGAAAGAGUACAAAACAGAAGGCUAUUUGACAGCCUAUGCUGAGGAUGAGGAAUCUGCGAAUACCUUUAACUACAUGAAACCAGGCUUUGGUGUUAAGCCCACAGACUACUACUUCCGACCCUUUAUAAGCGCCCUGGAGAAGGAGACUCCGAUUCGGUUUUGCCCGGGUUGUCUCAUGAAGUACUGCCUGGGUCGUCGACUGGCCAACAGCUAUAUCUUCGACUACUGCCGCCAGUUUAUGCAGCGUUUUGUGGCAGAGCGUCCUAUUUGGGGCAUGUUCUGGUCUAACCACUUCAGUCACGACGACUUCUUCAUGCUCUCGGCCAUGCAGCACAAGAUCCUGAAGGAUCUGCUGAAUUUUGAAGCAGACGGAGCCUUCGAGCAUACGAUUAUGAUAUUUUUCUCGGACCAUGGAGCCCGUUUUGGUCCCCUGAUGCAUAUGGAGGAAGCAUUCCUGGAGGAGAGGCUACCCAUGAUGUUCAUUUACUUGCCACCCUGGUUCCGGGAGAAGUAUCCACAGUAUGCCAAGGCUCUGUCCCAGAAUCAGAAUCGUCUGAGCUCAAACUUCGACGUGUACAAUACCCUAAAGCACAUCCUAAAGAUUGGAGAAGAAAAAGAGGUCACCAAAAAGUCCUGGUCCUACGACUGCCCCCAGUGUCAGUCGCUCUUCUAUCCGCUGCCUGAGGAUCGCAGCUGCUCGGAAGCUUCCAUAGCGGAGGCGUACUGUACUUGCCACAACUAUCAAAAAGUCGGAAGGGAUCCAUGGACCUGGCGCAUGGCCGACCUGGUGGUGGAUCGCAUAAACCAGUACCUCCGGCUCAACCACAUCCAGGAUCUGUGCAGCAAUCUCACACUGAAGGCAGUUAACAUCACCGAACAAAGAAUGGACAAUGUCGACGGCAAAAUGCGACACUAUCACACCAAGUUCCAGGUUCAUCAGAACAUGGCCGAGUUCUUUGCCACCACCCUAUACGAUAAAGAAACAGAGGAGCUCGAGAUAAAUGUUGAACUCAUCAGCCGGAUUAACAUGUACGGUUCCGAUUCGGAAUGCGUUCAUAAUAAGAUACAGAAGUUAUAUUGCAUAUGCCUAUCAAAACUAAAUCCUGGAAACAAAGAGAAAUAUUGACACACAGACAAACAAAUAAUUAAGUUUAAAUAGUUUCUGAAUAACUAAGGAUGUAGCGAAGUUAUUGUAAACUUACACAGAAAUUAAC